UUGUUUUCUUCAAUGAUUGGUAAAAAAAAUUAAAAAUUUAUAUUUCUUAACUUUUGGGGAAUCUAUUUAUGCACACUAAAAACCACUUUAGAAUCUACUACCAUUCAAGGACUUACUUUUUUUAGGAAAAUCAAAAACCAAAAGCUACAAAGAAUCUACAGACAAUCAAAGGCCUAAACCUACUUGACUUUCUUAUAUAUUUUGACAGAUUUGACAUUUUGAUCCUCAAAAAUGGAUUCGCCGUCUUCUACUUCCGUGCCACCGCUAAUGAAAGACGAAGAGCCAAGAAACUGGGUGGAUCUUCCGACGGAUUUGACUUUAAUUCUGCAACGUCUUAGCGUGACUGAGAUACUGGACAACGCUCAGAAAGUGUGCAGAUCGUGGCGACAUGUUUGUAAAGACCCAUCAAUGUGGCGUAAAAUCGACAUGGGAAACGUGAGUCACUUCAAGCCAAUGGUGAACGAUGUUGAGGCCAUAUGUCGUCAUGCCGUUGACCGUAGCCAGGGUGGCUUGCUUGAGAUCAACAUUGGGGACUUCGGGAGUGAUUCUCUCCUUACCUACAUCGCCGAGAGGUCAAGUAAUCUUAAAAGCCUUGGACUCGCAAUGUGCUCUGAAAUAACAGAGGAGGGAUUUGUUCAAGCAGUUGUGAAACUUCCAAUGCUUGAAGAGCUUGAGGUAUCAGGAAUGUUAUUGUCAGGAGAGUCUUUGAAACUUGCAGGGCUGUCUUGUCCAAAUCUGAAGUCAUUGAAACUAAACCGCCUCUUUUACUUAAAUUCUAGUGAUGAUGUUAAUGCCAUAGCAAUUGCAGAAAGCAUGCCUAAACUACGCCAUCUCCAGCUUUGUGGGGAAACACUAACCAAAACAGGCUUAAACGCCAUUCUUGACAGUUGUCCUCACAUGGAACACCUCGAUUUGCGCCAAUGUUUCAACCUUAAGCUUGCCGGGAAUCUAGCGAAGCGUUUCAAAGAUUUGAGACUCUCCAAUGAUUCAACCUCUGAUGACCCGUUUGGUUAUGCAACUAUCAUUUUUCAUUUGCCACACCAAUUGACAUUACUGAAAGAAGGCGACAACUAGGACUCUGAUGAGCUAACAACUGAAGGCGGCGACCACUAUGACUUUGAUGAGCUGAUUACGGAGGACGGCGAUUAUAACUUUGAUUCAAUAUUGGAAGAAGCCGACUAUGACUUGUAAUUGUAUUGAGACUUAUGUCAAUAAUUCUUAGUCAGAUUGUUUGCCUGUUUGGACUAGGUACUCGAGAUAGUUUGUGUUUUAAUAACCUAAUGGAAAUGAAUUCCUUUCAGAGCUAA